AUGGCCAAGAUAAAGGCAGGACCCGUCGUAGACAUCCUUGGCGAUGAAAUGACUCGUAUUAUUUGGGACCUGAUUAAAGAAAAGCUGAUUCUGCCGUACCUGGAUAUCGAGCUACAUACGUACGACCUGGGCAUCGAGCAUCGUGACAAAACAGAAGAUCAGGUGACUAUAGACUGUGCUAAUGCUAUUAAAAAGUACAAUGUGGGUAUUAAGUGUGCCACAAUUACUCCUGAUGAAAAACGUGUGGAAGAAUUUAAGCUUAAACAGAUGUGGAAGUCGCCUAACGGUACUAUCCGUAAUAUUUUGGGAGGUACCGUAUUCCGUGAAGCUAUUAUUUGCAAAAAUAUCCCCCGUCUCGUCACUGCGUGGGAAAAGCCGAUCAUCAUUGGUCGUCACGCGCACGCAGACCAGUACAAGGCGACCGAUUUCGUCGUGCCGGGUCCCGGGCGCCUGGAACUGACGUGGGUGCCCUCGGAAGGAGGCCAGAAGUCCAUCAGCGGCGUUGUGCACGAAUUCCGAGGCCCCGGUGUGGCGCUUGGCAUGUUCAACACGGACGAGUCCAUCAUCGACUUCGCCCACUCGUCUUUCAAGUACGCCCUGGCGCGCGGCUACCCCCUGUACCUAUCCACCAAGAACACCAUCCUCAAGAAGUACGACGGCCGAUUCAAGGACAUCUUCCAGGAUAUCUACGACAACCAGUACAAGGCCAAGUUCGAAGCGCAGAAAAUCUGGUACGAACACCGGCUGAUUGACGACAUGGUUGCCUAUGCCAUGAAGUCUGAAGGAGGGUUCGUGUGGGCGUGCAAGAACUACGAUGGUGAUGUACAGUCAGAUUCGGUGGCGCAAGGUUUCGGGUCACUGGGUCUGAUGACAUCCGUUCUUCUAUGUCCUGACGGCAAGACUGUCGAAGCCGAAGCUGCUCAUGGCACUGUCACUCGCCAUUACCGCUUCCAUCAACAAGGCAAGGAAACCUCCACCAACCCCAUUGCUUCCAUUUUCGCCUGGACCAAAGGGCUCUUGCACAGGGCAAAACUGGAUAACAAUGACAAACUGAGGGAUUUUGCCGAGAAGCUCGAAGCUGUCUGCAUUGAAACAAUUGAAAGCGGGUUCAUGACAAAAGAUCUUGCCAUUUGCAUUAAGGGUAUGAAUAAUGUGACUCGGGAUGACUACUUGGAUACCUUUGCUUUUAUGGAUAAGCUGGGAGAAAAUUUGAAGAAGAAAUUGCAGGGAUGA